AUGGGUAGCCUUGGAGUUGCUAAAAUAACAUCAGUUGGAUUGGUUGCAACUUAUCCUUCCGGAAUUCUAACUCCCUAUACUUACACUCUUAGAAACACAGGACCAGAUGAUGUUUACAUUCAAAUUUAUCAUUGUGGAGUUUGCCAUUCUAAUCUUCACCAAAUCAAAGAUGAUCUUGGCAUGUCCAAUUAUCCCAUGGUUCCAGGGCAUGAGGUGGUUGAUGAGGUACUAGAGGUGGGUUCAAAUGUCACCAAAUUCAGUGUGGGAGAAAUAGUUAGAGUUGGACUUCUUGUUGGUUGUCGCGAAAAAAAUGCAGGGCUUGUGAUUCAUACAUUGAACAAUAUUGUAACAAGAAGAUAUGGUCUUACAAUGGUGUUUAUAGCCAAUCCUUCCUUUCCAAUUUGGUUUGAAGCACAAGCUGCAAUGUAA